AUGGUUAUUGUUUUUGUUAGUAAGUAGGUUUUUUUUCAGAAUGAUAAAGCUUAGAAAACAGUAGCAUUGAUUUUGCUAGGGUCUUUUUCGGGUUUUUAUUUGUUUUAUAUUUUAGGGAAAAUGUAAUUGACAUAAUUGUUCCAUGAGGUGGCUGAUAGGUUGGCAAAUGGAGCUCUUAGGUAAGGGGGAAUAAAUAAGUGGUUAAGUGUGCAUAAGAGGGGCCAUACCUAAUAGUAAUUUUUAAGAGAAAAAUCAACUUUAGUUUAGAAUGCACUUUUAAUUGAUUAGACGUUUUAAUUAUAAAGUAGAUUGAAACCACUGUGA